AUGGAUGCCAGAAAGCCAAAGAAGCCCAGUAUGACUUCCUUCCCAAUUUUGAAAACAAGAAAGAGACAAAAUUUCACGUCUAUGAAGGGGCCCUCUCUGUCCUCCGACAUCUACAUGGUUGAGAGCAAGCCUCUGGUCCAGGUCCAGAAACCACCUCCCAAGAACAAGCAUCUCAGAAUGACCCGAUUUUUGCAGAAGAACACCAACUCCAGCGCCGCUUCCUUCCCUCUCGUGGAUACUACGGGGAAGAAGAACACGGUUAACUUGCCAUGUAUCCGCAGCAAAAUCCUUCCCAAGCCACCCGUGCUGUAUAAGGACAAUCGAAUUCACAGUCGGGUGCUGAGCUCGGAGUUCAAGGCUGCAGACCUACUAUUCCACUCUGGCAGUAAGAAACCAGAGCCCAAGCCCGAGGAGAAGUCCCCGAGGAAGCACAAGGCCCCGCUCACAGCCGCAGAGGCUCUCAGGUUUUUCAAGAACCAGCUCUCCCCGUACGAACAGAGUGAGAUUCUGGGCUACGCCGAGGUGUGGUUCCUGGGCCUGGAAGCCAAGAAGCUGAAUGUGCCGCCCGAGAACUUCAGCACCUCCAGUUUCGACGAUGAACACGGCUCCUAUAUGAAGGUCCUCCACGACCACAUCGCCUACCGCUACGAGGUUCUGGAGAUGAUCGGGAAAGGGUCCUUCGGGCAGGUGGCCAAGUGCCUGGAUCACAAGAACAACGAGUUUGUGGCCCUGAAGAUUAUCAGGAACAAGAAGAGGUUUCACCACCAGGCCCUGGUGGAGCUGAAGAUUCUGGAAGCCCUCCGGAGGAAGGACAAGGACAACAGCCACAACGUGGUUCACAUGAAGGAGUUCUUCUACUUCCGCAACCACCUCUGCAUCACCUUUGAACUCCUAGGCAUCAACCUGUACGAGCUGAUGAAGAACAACAGCUUCCAGGGCUUCAGUCUGUCCAUAGUGCGCCGUUUCACGCUCUCGGUGCUCAAGUGUCUGCAGAUGCUCUACGUGGAGAAGAUCAUCCACUGUGACCUCAAGCCCGAGAACAUAGUGCUCUACCAGAAGGGCCAGGUGUCCGUCAAAGUGAUCGACUUCGGAUCCAGCUGUUACGAACACCAGAAAGUGUACACGUACAUCCAGAGCCGCUUCUACCGGUCCCCCGAGGUGAUCCUGGGUCACCCCUACAACACGGCCAUCGACAUGUGGAGUCUGGGCUGCAUCAUGGCGGAGCUGUACACGGGCCCGCUGUUCCCGGGGGAGAACGAGGCGGAGCAGCUGGCCUGCAUCAUGGAGGUGAGUGCUCGCCUGCCGCCCCCCCACUUCGUCCAGACGGCCUCCAGGAGACAGACGUUCUUCGAUUCCAAAGGUUUUCCUAAAAAUAUAACCAACAACAGGGGGAAAAAAAGGUACCCGGACUCCAAGGACCUGACCGUGGUGCUGAAAACCUGCGACCCCAGCUUCCUGGACUUCGUCAAGAGAUGCUUGGUAUGGGAGCCCUCCCUCCGCAUGACUCCAGACCAGGCCCUCAAGCAUGCCUGGAUCCACGAGCCCCGGAAGCUGAAGCCGCAGCCCCGGCCCCAGAACCCCAGGAAGCCCGGGCUCUUCUCUCCCCCCGACGUGGGCAGCCACCGGGUGGCCGAGUGCCAGUUCUUGGGCAGAAGCAGAAAAGCAGGCGAGCUCAAGGACGUCACAGAGAAGCUAAAAGACGGCACCGUCAAGCUGGUUCAGAGUUCGGGGGACCCGCAGGGCCCCGUCCAGCACCCCGCUGACAAUGUCCAGCUGCCUCACCUGACAGAAGCUUCUGGAAAGCCAGAGGCUCUGAUUGGGCCCGAGACUUCCACCGCCGCCACGGAAGAGCCCGGCAAAACCUCUUCCCCCAAGAACGCGAAUCUCUUACCACCUCUCGUAUGACCCCGGCUGGGGCCGCCGCGUUCCUGUCCACCCGUGACUGCAGUGGAGGCAGCGCGUGUACUGUACAGUAUUUCACAUUGUUGUUUUUGACACAUAAAGGUUUAUUUAAAAAAAAAUGGCCAGUAA